AUGCAGGAAAAUAACCGCGUAAAGCCAUAUUUCUUUGCUCUCGGUCGAUUCGAUAUUCUUCACGCCAAGCCGAUGCAAAGAAGAAAUUUAUAUCUCUGUACCUGUAAUUUAAUAACAAUUUUGAAUGUGUUGAAGGCAUAUGAAUACCACGGAGACGCGCAAUGGUGCAAACAACAUUUAUCAAUACAAGAGAAACAAUACUCGUCGUUACCAUUGUUGACUGUCGGUGAUUAUUUGAAGUUCAGAUUACCCGACGACAGGAAAAUUAACGAUGCUGAUAUUGCAGAAAGCUUCAAAUACUGCCCUGACCAAAGAGCAAUCCAUUUAUUGCAGGCAUCCUUUGGGAAACUGUCCCGAAUCGGUACCCUGGGAGGCACUACGUGGACAAAGAAAAUCCAGACGAAACCGUGCCGUCUUGUACUCGCGCACCCUUGCAUUACCGAAGAAACAAGGAGAACAAUUGAAGGUCUCAGAUCCAUGUCUCAAAUGUCAGAACGUAUUGAACAAGAUGAAUCACUUCGCAAUAAUACACUUAUGGUAGUUGACACGUUUAAAGAUGAAUCUAGCCGUCGUCAUCUUGCAACUUCUAUUGGUUGCGAUCUUCCUGUUAAUAGUGAUGAUCCAAAAGAACUUACCUAUUAUAUGACAAAUGUUGCACAAUUCGGCUUUGAUCAUAUCAUUAUAAUUGGGGAGAUUGAAAAUGGAAUGAUUUUUUUGGAUUGCUAUGGUCGUGUGUUUCAAUGGGAGGAAGAAUGUCAGAUGUUGUGGCCAUUCGGAAAUUCUUUGGAAGAAGCAAUGUCAAAUGACGAGAAAAAUCAAGUGCCAUGA